GUUAGGGCAUACGGAAAAUCCCCCCAAAAAUUCCAGUGACUGAAAUGCCCCAAAAGUCAAAUGAAUCCCUUUAAACAGAAACUAGUCUUUGUAAGAGCCUUGUUUUUUCUAYAUUUAGUACMAUCUCACAUCACAGACGUUCCUUUCUACAGUUAGAUUAUGGAAAGUACUAAAAAUUAAUACACCUAUUCAUUCAAAGGCAGCUUUGUAUGAUAUUUUGCUAAUGUUUUGUUUAUAGGCAAAUUUGUAGGCUAUAAAACCCCUAUAAAACACACAGGGUCCAACACACCUUAUUGCAUCUUGUUUCCUUGAAUUUUGCUCUUUAUAGAUCUAAUUGCAGAAGUUCCCUAGUGGUUGUUGCAGGAUACCUGACAACAAUCAGGUAAUUUCAGCACAGACUCUUCUUCGCUGUGUCUCAAUUUCAUCUUCUGUUCGUAUGCUCAGUCAGCAGGAUGGUGAACAAUCUGCUGCUUUUAGUCUCUUGUUUCCUGUCUUCGUAUUCUGCAUCAGAUGAUCUGAUCAGAUUAGCUGGAUCAAACGAGCCAUGUUCUGGAAGAGUUGAAAUCUACCACAAUGGUGUCUGGGGAACAGUCUGUGAUGAUGGUUGGGACCUAAAUGAUGCUGCAGUGGCCUGCAGACAGUUAGGCUGUGGUCCUGCUGAGAAAGCUCUACCAUUAGCCCACUUUGGCCAGGGGACUGGACAGAUCUGGCUUGAUGAUGUGGUCUGCUCUGGAAAUGAACCUUCUCUUGCCGUGUGUGGGCACACAGAAUUUGGGACUCAUGAUUGUGGACACCAUGAAGAUGCUGGUGUCAACUGUUCAAUCAGCCUACCAAAGCCUACCAUCACUAUCCAGCCCACUGRUUUGGUUAUGUGGGGCCAGGAUGUCCAAAUUACUUGUUCGAUCACUGGGGGUGAAGUAGGAGGAUCAUUCAUCUUCACAAAGACCCCAGGUCCUUUCACCCAGACUGUGGACUCGAGCAGCAACUCGACUAUUUUACAUAUCCAUCAAGUCAACUUUACAAAUGAGGGAUCGUACCAGUGUCARUUUCAAAGARCAGAUUCUAGCUCUGUUUUUAGUGACUAUGUCAACCUGAAMGUGACAGUGAUUCUUCCAAAACCAAGCAUCGCCAUGGAUCCUGCAGGCGUGGUUACCUUUGGUGACCUCAUUGCCAUCACCUGUUCUGUCUCGACCCAGUAUUUAGGCGGAUCAUUCACCCUGCAGAAGACCUCUGGAUCAUUCACUAAGACCCAACAAUCAAGUACCAACUCCUCUACGUUCAGAUUUCUUGAAGCCAAUGAUAAUCAUGUGGGAGAUUACCGCUGUUAUUACGAAACACUUGUGGAAUAUAAAACUUUCACCUCCCCUCUAAGUGACAAUGUCACAGUUUCUGUUACUUAUGACUGA